AUGAAUAAAUUUGUUGAACUUAUUUCAGAUCCUAUUACGUUUGGAGCUCAAGAUCAACGAGUCUUUAACCAUGUUGACUUGCCCGUGGUAACAAAUCAGGUGUCAGUGACAUUCCGAUUGAAACUUUUGAGUCAUAAUCCUAACUGGACUACUAUUUUUCACAAAGGUACUGACGAUAAAAACUUGACGCCUGGGAUCUGGAUGCAUGGAGAGAGAAUGGAUGCUGGCUUUGCAACCAGCUUGGUUAAUUAUAUAAAAGUCACCCUUCUUCCCUCACUUUCAUUAAACAAAUGGUACCAUAUAGCUUAUGUAUUUUCUGGUUCUGGAAAUAAAUUAGAUCUUUACAUAGACGGUAAAAUAGACGGGAUCUGUUACAUCCCGGAGACUGUUUCAUUCCAUGAUGGACCGCUAUAUAUUGGAAAAGCUUACUCCUAUGAUGCGGUUAAUGGAAUGAUCAGUAAUUUUCGUUAUUUCAACUGGUGCUUAUCUGAUAAAGAAGUGAAGGAUGAUUUUAAAGGCGAUAAAAUUAAAGAAUUACUUGAAAAUAACCAACAAUGGUCAAGUGAAAAUCAGAAUAAUAAAGAAUUUUUUGAUAAACUUAAAAAACAAGAACCAAAAGUUCUUUGGUUUGGAUGUUCUGAUUCUCGUGUUCCGCCCGAACUCAUCACUAAAUCAGGAUUUGGCGAAUUAUUUGUGCAUCGUAACAUAGCAAAUCAAUUCAACCCCAAUGAUGCCAAUUGCAUGUCAGUGUUACAAUAUGCUGUCAAUCAUCUGAAAGUUUCUCAUAUUGUUAUUUGUGGCCAUACAGGUUGUGGUGGAGCAAAAAGCUGUUUUGAGCCAGGCCUUGAACCCGAUCUAGAAAAAUGGCUAGAAGGAAUACGUGAAUUGGCAACGAUAAACCCCGAAUUCUCUCAUACCAAUCCAAAUUUUGGAACUCCUGAAGUUCAAGACAAAUUGGUCAAAGCUAAUGUUGUGAAACAAGUGGAAAAAAUUAGUAAAAAUUAUUUUGUUAAAUCUGCUGAACAAACAAUACAAAUUCAUGGAUUGGUUUUUGAUUUAAAAGAUGAAGAUCAAUAUGGUAGAUCUUUACUUAACGUGAGUGAAUGGAAAAAAAUUUCUCCAGCGCAAAUUCAAAAAUUAUCAAAAGAAGAAGCAACUAAACCUCAUACACAACCUUAUAUGCG